AUGGCAGACUUGGUAAGAUUGUCUGCUAAUUCAGUGGGUUUCUCAUCUUCUUCGUCCCUGUUAACAUCGUUUUCUACAUCUGUGAGCACUUCCCAGCCAAUUCUCGCACCACCGCUUCAGAGUUUGUGCAAAAGGGUCAUCUCAUUGUCAGUGUCUUCACCACUUGCUGGUCUGCCAGUUACCUUUAGGCCCCGGAAGAAUUGGACAUCUUUGAAGGUGCAGGCCACUGUUACUGAAACAGAGCAGCCAAAGUGGUGGGAAAAAAAUGCAGGACCGAAUAUGGUUGACAUUCACUCCACACAAGAGUUCUUGAAGGCUUUAAGUGAGGCUGGUGAUAGGCUAGUCAUUGUUGAGUUUUAUGGGACGUGGUGCGCUUCUUGUCGAGCACUAUUCCCAAAGCUAUGCAGGACUGCCGAGGAACACCCUGAUAUUUUGUUCCUGAAAGUGAAUUUUGAUGAAAAUAAGCCCAUGUGCAAGAGUCUGAAUGUGAAGGUUCUCCCUUAUUUCCACUUCUACCGUGGAUCUGAAGGACAGUUGGAAUCAUUCUCUUGUUCCUUGGCUAAAUUUCAGAAAAUAAAGGAUGCCAUCGAGCUUCACAAUACAGCUCGGUGCAGCAUUGGUACUCCUGAAGGUGUCGGAAAUCUCACCCUCGAGAGCCUUUCAGCACCAAAGGACCCUCUUGCGGGAUCUUCAAAAUAG